AUGGGUAGCUCUUUGUUUCGCAAAUUGCUUCUUGAUGACUCCAAUGAGGAUGAAAUAAUCAAAGAAGUUGUCAUGGAUUCAACGUCACGAAAACGUCGUUCCUAUAUUAGACGUAACCAUUUGGCAAGCCAUGAAAGGCUUUACCUUGGCUACUUUGCCGACUCACUAGUUUAUCCAGAGAAAGUAUUUCGGAGGAGAUUUCAGAUGAACCGUUCUCUUUUUCUUAAUAUUAUUUCUAAGGUAGAAGUUCCUGAUCCAUACUUUGUCCAAAAAAGAAAUGGUGGCAAAAAGCUUGGGUUAUCUUCCUUUCAAAAUAUCACUGUUGCACUUAGGAUGCUUGCGUAUAGAGUAAUGGGUGAUUUUAUGGAUGAGUAUGUGCGGAUUGAAGAAACCACUCUAGCACAAAGACGUGCUCCUCCAACUAAUUACUCAAUCAAUGGUAAUAACUACAACAUGAGAUAUUACCUUGCUAAUGGAAUAGAUCCAAAUUGGGCAACAUUUGUGAAGACAAUUCCAGCUCCACAAGGAGAAAAAAGAAAAUUAUUUGUCAAAGCUCAAGAGGCGUAUAGGAAGGAUGUUGAGCAUGCAUUUGGAGUACUACAGGCACGAUUCGCAGUUGUUCGUGGACCUACAUGA